UUCCUCUCUUCUGCCCGUCUGACAGGCGGCGUCACGAGGAAUUCUGAGGAACUCGAAAACUUGCUCACUAUUUCGUGGCAUUUCGGUUGGCCCCGGCAAAGGCCAAAGAGUGGGUUUCGUAAUCUCGCCCUCCACUUUUCGCUUCCCUUCUCCUCAGCCCGCCUCCCUCUCCAGCGCUCUAUCCUUUCGGGCCGCUCUCCGUUGUUUUAUCCGGCCCCGGGGAGGGAAGCUUCCCGCCCCGCCCCCUACCUCCCCCGACACGGCGGCAGAGGCCUGACUGACUGACUGACUGCCAGACCUAAGGACACGCGCAGGCAGCUCUUCAGGCAGCGGCCCCUGUAGGCCGAGCAGCGGCGGCGGCAGGAGAGGGAGUAGCGGCGGCGCCAGCAGAGGCAGGCGCUCGGCUUCCGGGCGGCCCCGGUGGGUGUCGUUCUCCGUCCGCGCCACGGUGUCUCCUGAGGCGAGGGAGCGGAAAGAGAAGCGGAGAGAAGCAGCCGCCCCGCUUCGCUUCGGUAGCCGACCCGAUCGCCGCGGCCAGGCCCCCCGCAUGCAGUCCUCACCCUGGAGCGGCGGCGGCGGAUCGAGGAGCUCUCGCGAUCCUCCCGGCAGAGGCUGCUCCAGUCCAGGGACAGGAUGUUCUCCAAGUUCACCUCCAUCCUGCAGCACGCCGUGGAGGCGCUUGCGCCAUCCCUUCCAUUGCAAGAAGACUUUGUUUUCCACUGGAAGGCGAUUACCCAUUACUACAUAGAGACAUCAGAUGACAAAGCUCCUGUGACUGAUACCAACAUUCCCUCUCACCUGGAGCAGAUGUUGGAUAUUUUAGUUCAGGAAGAAAAUGAGAGGGAGUCUGGCGAAACAGGACCUUGUAUGGAAUAUCUACUGCAUCACAAGAUCCUAGAGACUUUGUACACCUUGGGAAAGGCUGAUUGUCCUCCAGGCAUGAAACAGCAGGUUUUAUCCUUUUAUACAAAGCUGCUGGGAAGAAUACAACAGCCUCUUCUCCCACACAUAAAUGUACACAGACCUGUGCAGAAAUUAAUCAGACUUUGUGGGGAAGUUCUGGCAACACCCACAGAAAAUGAAGAAAUCCAGUUUCUCUGUACAGUGUGUGCAAAGCUGAAACAAGAUCCAUACUUGGUUAACUUCUUCCUUGAGGUGAUACAAGACCCUGUCCUACAUACUUCCAGGAGGCAGAGCAAGCUAAAGGGGCUGGCUUCAAAAGGCACAGCAAGCUUAAUUACAGCAGACAUGCUAAAAGGCCAAGAUUCCGUGGUGACAGAUACAGGACAGUCUGUUCAGCCUGGAGAGGUAUCAAGUGGAGCGGAUCAAGCAGAGAGCGCAAAUGACCUUCCUCAGCAGGCAGAUGACCUGUCCACAAGUCUAGAUGAAUUAAACGUCCCUUUGUCCCCUGAGGCUUUGGCUGCCCAUCCACAUGGGGACUAUAAUUUGGUGGAUUCUCUACUCAAUCUCACCAAAAGCCCGGAUGGCCGGAUAGCUGUGAAAGCUUGUGAAGGCCUCAUGCUCCUAGUGAGUUUGCCGGAGCCAGCAGCCGCCAAAUGCUUAGCAGAGAGUACAUGCUUGUGUGAACUGUUGACAGACAGGUUGGCCUCUCUCUACAAAGCCCUCCCUCAGUCGAUGGAUCCUUUAGAUAUUGAAACAGUGGAAGGAGUUAACUGGGGCUUGGAUUCCUACAGCCAUAAAGAAGAUGCAUCUGCUUUUCCAGGAAAAAGAGCCCUGAUUUCAUUUCUAUCCUGGUUUGAUUACUGUGAUCAGCUCAUUAAGGAAGCUCACAAGACAACAGCUGUUGCCAUGGCAAGCUCGGUGCGAGAACGUUUUUUUGUUGGUGUAAUGGAACCCCAACUAAUGCAAACUUCAGAGAUGGGGAUUCUCACGUCAACGGCCCUGUUGCAUCGUAUGGUUCGCCAAGUCACUUCAGAUGCUUUAGUACAUGAAAUGGUCUGCUUUAUCCUUGGGGAGCGAAGGGAGCCAGAAAAACUGACAGACAUCAACAGGCACCCAUUGCGACAUCGCUUAAUUGAACACUGUGAUCACAUUUCAGAUGAGAUCAGCAUAAUGACACUCAGAAUGUUUGAGCACCUUUUGCAAAAACCUGAUGAGCACAUUCUUUAUAACUUGGUUCUUAGAAAUUUAGAGGAGAGGAACUAUACGGAAUAUAAACCACCCUGUCAAGAAGAUAAAGAUGUGGUGGAGAAUGGCCAAAUAGCAGGAGCUGUAGAUCUAGAAGAAGAUCCGUUAUUUACGGAUAUUUCUCCUGAUACCAUGUUGUCAAACCAAGAGUGGCUCACUGCUUCUCCACCUGCCAGCCCAGAUCAUCCAAAAAAUGAUGGGAAGACGGAAGUUCAUAAAAUUGUAAAUAGUUUUCUCUGUCUUGUACCGGAUGAAGCCAAAUCUUCCUACCAUGUGGAGGGCACAGGGUAUGAUACCUACCUCAGAGAUGCCCAUAGACAAUUCCGAGAUUAUUGCGCCAUAUGCUUACGAUGGGAAUGGCCGGGCUCUCCCACGCCCUUGGAAAAGUGCAAUUUAGAAGCUCCAUUCUUCGAAGGAUUUUUCCUAAAAGUUCUGUUUGAUAGAAUGGGCAGAAUUCUCGAUCAGCCAUAUGAUGUCAAUUUACAAGUCACGUCUGUGUUGUCCAAGCUCGCCUUGUUUCCUCAUCCGCACAUCCAUGAAUACCUUUUGGAUCCCUAUGUAAACCUAGCCUCCGGAUGCCGCUCUCUUUUUUCAGUCAUAGUCAGGGUUGUUGCAGAUCUCAUGGUGAGGAUCCAGCGCAUACCCGACUUCACACCUAAAUUGCUGCUGGUCAGGAAGCGUCUCCUUGGCUUAGAACCUGAAGGGCCCAUUGUUGACCACAUGACAUUACUAGAAGGUGUAAUUGUAUUGGAAGAAUUUUGUAAAGAGCUGGCUGCCAUUGCAUUUGUGAAAUACCAUGCCUCGUCCACGCCGUAAAAAGCUGCUCCGAGCAUCCUGGCUACGAGAUUCAAGCAGAAAAGACUGCUAACUUCCCAGGCAGGAGAACAGAAAGCAAAGCCUUGGCAUUCAUUUGGAGGACUCAUAUGGGACACCUUCAAAUUGAAAUACUAAAUUCAUUGGUAGUGACCAUAUGGGAGAGGAAAAUGGAUGUUCAGCCUACAACGCAAUCAAUGGGAUAUCACAGAUCACAACAAGCUCAAAGAGCUGCACACAUGGAAGACUUAAGUUUAAAGGUUUUCUUAUUUUAAUAACCUUCUAGGAGGUAGGAGUUUUUAUAUACUUUAGGGUUCCUAGGCUUUUUAAAAAAUACAUUUGUUUCAUAGCUGAGGUGUGUUUUAUCCAUUUAAAUGAAAACCAGGAAGUGAUUAAAGCACUGUAAAGUAUUUAAAUAAGAAGUUGUAAAUGCGCACACAGCUAAACAAAUGAUUUUUCUUUGUGUAUCUUUCAUGUUGAGUCCUGUUCAUUGUGUUGUUCCAGUUGAUCAUUGAUUAUUAUUAUUUUGUUACACAAAAAAAGAGGUGACCACAAGUAUACUCAAGUAUUGGUUUUCCUUGAUUCCUUGCUUAUUCUCCUUUGUUAUGCCGCAUAACUUUAUUUGCCUUCUAUUUUGUAUUGGAGCUCUGGAUUAUUUGAUCCAAAUGCCUGUUUAAAAAAAUGCUAGUAUUACAGGUCACUUUAUAGGGCUUUUAAGAUUCUUUUUUAUGAUUAGUUGGCUGAAGAGUAUCCUGUGCCUUGAUGAUUGGCAGUAUCAUUGUUUUGUGCUUUUCAGAUAUGUUAUUACUUGGCUAAUUUGAAUGACUGAAGCGUCCAAGCCAAGGGACAGCUGGGUCUGAUACCAAUUGUCAUAAUGCAUAUAGGCUGAAAUUCUCUGCAGGUUGUUGCAUGCUUAAGCUUCAGUUUUGUGAUCUUACUGUUUGCAACAGGGAUCCAUUAUAAGCCAAGGAGAAAACAAGAUCCCUUCAUUUUGCCAUAGUCAUAAAAUAGAUUCCCUUGCCAGACAAUCUGAGCUAGAAGACGAGUAAGAGGAAGGAGCAGUUGAACCACCUCAUUCUGCUAGUGGUCUCUCUCUUUCUUUCUUUCUUUCUUUCUUUCUUUCUUUCUUCUGACUCAUCUCUGCCAGUUCUUCAUAGGCUGAAAACUCCAAACAAACAUGUUGUCUACCCUGGAUUUAAUAUAGUUUUUCUAUAAUCUUUUUGUUCUCAGUAGAAAACAAGGAGAGGCAGAUAUGGGGUGGGAGUGCCCUUUCUCACCCAUUUGCCGUUAAUUGACAUAAUGCUAUGGUAUUAACAACACAUAAUUUGGUUCCUAAACAGUUGUUCCAUUAAUCUCAUUCUUGGGUAUUCAGUGUAAUUUUUUCAGGCUCAUAACCUUUUAACACAAUUGCUGUCUGCUUCAGAUAUUGUCAGGGUUGAUGUAAAUGUGGUUGAAUUUUGCUCCAGUGAUGUAAACUUUGGUUUGUACCACAAGAAGUUCUAAUGAUACAGAAACUUGCUGAGUAUGAAGGCCAAGUGUUGGAGAGUGGGAUAAUUUAGUUAUAUUGGCAGGCCUCUAUGGUGGAAAAACUGUGGAGCAAAAUUUUGAGCUGCCUUUAUUAUAAAUGAGAUAUGGCCAAGGAGCUGCCUGACAGAGCAUAUUCAUCCGUACUCUGUGAUCAAGAUAUUUGCCUCCCUAGUUGAAUAAUAGCACAUUGAUUUUUUAAAUGUUUUUGCACCAAAGUUACUGAAUUUGACUCACAAAUACAACUAACUAAACUACACGUAAGCUAAGGCUCAGAAUUUUCUUCUCGAGAAGAAAAUUUUGAGAUAGAUAUUGGGUAAGAAGUUAUAAAAUAAACAUUCAUGGAAGCGGGCCUGAACAGCUUUUUACAUUUUUUGCAUUGCAGGUAGCAUUUUAGAGAAAUCCUUUUGGAGUCCCACAGAAGUUGAUGAUGGUUCUCUAAUGAUAUCCCAAAGUAAGUGGGAGGCAGACUUAAGUUUUGGUGUUUAAAAGUAUAAGGGAAAAGGUUUACUUAAGCUAACUGUGUAAUUAGCUAUUCAUGAUAGCCAAAGUUAUUCACACGAUGCUGGAUUGAAUUAUAAAAACAAAUAAAAAUGAUACAGGAUACAUCUAUUAGUGCAAGCAGGAUAUCUAACAUUAAAGUUCAGUUUGCUGUUAGAAACAUCAAGAUCCAAGCUUGAUUGCACAUAGCCUGCAUAUUCAGGAAGUUCUCUUGUUUUCAGGAUGUAACCCUGCUGAUGUCAUUUGAAGACACCAACAUUUUCCCAUUCCCUUUUUGUCAUAAUACCUGGCACAAAUUUAGGAAACGCUUUAACUCUUUCUCUUGGCAUCAUAAUUGUUCUCUUGAACCCAUAAAUUGAUAGCAGCAACCUUUUUAUUUUUGUAAAAACAAUUGAAUUUUCCUUCCCAAAUGGAACUUGUUUAACGUUUUUAUAACUUGUUUUCAUGCACUUUUAUUUUAAAGGCUAGUUGGGCCCUUGUUUGAAUUGGUUGAAUCUAUGCAUGUCAUAACUACCCCUAUUCUGAUGUGUCUGAGUGUGUUUAUGUACAUGCAUGUGUGCACACAUGGAGAUGCAUGUGUGGUUAUUUAUUAUCCGUCAGGAGAACAUACAGCCUGUUCUCCAGAAGUAGUGAGCAGCCACUGGUUAUAAAGAUGUUUGUGCUAACUAUUGGGUUCUUGGUCCCAUUACAGAUAAAACAAACAGUGUUUCUAUAUGAGAGUGGAUGAGGAAAGCUUGAAUUGUUUGAUUCCAGGAUACAGAUCCAGUUUCAGUUUUUACCCUGAUGCACAUUUAUGUAAAUAAAGGCACCUUUAUAUCAUCUAUUGUAUCUAUUUAAUUUAGAUUCUGAUGUUGAAAAUUUUGUAACAACAACAUGAGACGUCUACUGGAAUAGCCAUUUCCUCUUAAGCUAUUUUUGUUAUAACUGUAGUUGUCUGCCUAGUAGUGUCAUCUUUUAGCUGUAGCAUUCUGAUAUAAUGUAUUCAUCCGUGCAAUAUUGAAGCUGUGAUACAAGGCACAGCUUCAGCCUGGUUGUACAUCAUCUGUUUACGUGUGUAUAUUUGUAUACUAAUGGACUGAAACCCAGCACUUGCUUGUGGUAUUGCCGGUGCAAAGAUUGUAACACUGCAUUCUACAGGGCACAGUAAUUGUGGCAUUCCUUUAUAAAUGCAUGGCAGCUGCUCACCAUGAGCUGCUGAAUGCAGCAAAGCUUUCAAUUGUGAAAUAACAUCCUUAUUUAACUUGGCACAAGAAACAGGAUAGUACAAUGUGGAAGCUACACAUCCACUGUUCUCAGUUGUGUGAGAAAUUAAGAUUAGCAUCUCUCAACAAACACAUCUGUAUAACCAUGAUUAAUAAUGCCUGUGCCCUGUUGCCUAGUGUUACAAGGUCUGUCUCUAUCUAUCAAUAUAUACUCCUGGAUUUUUCUCCCCUCCUGUCUUGUUUACAUUAAACAGAAGAUGUUCAGCAAACCUUUCCUAUUGAACUUGGUGUAGUUCAUUCGCUGAAAAUGUUUGCCAAGGUGUAAUAGACCCAUGAAGGAUGGUUGAAACAGCCACAUUAGAGAGCUCACGGUGGUAACUUGUGUCAGCAGAUACAAUUCAGGCGUUUUUUGUUAAAAAGCAUGCAUGAAGGAUUAAAAGGGAUAUUCUUAAAAAUAAAUUAAUAUAAUUUCAACAGA